CUUGCUGCUCCGUCUCUCUCGCUGCACGGUAAGCAUGGCGGCUCGAAGGUUCAUGCCGAUCGAGCAGUGCUCGACGGAGGGGCGGUCACAGCAGACGGUGGCCGCCGACCUCGACGGCACGCUGCUCCUGUCCCGCAGCGCCUUCCCGUACUACCUCCUCGUCGCCCUCGAGGCCGGCAGCCUCCUGCGCGCCGUCGCGCUGCUCAUGUCCGUGCCUUUCGUCUACCUCACCUACAUCGCCUUCUCCGAGUCGCUGGCCGUGCGCGCGCUCCUGUACGUCGCCGUCGCGGGCCUCGACGUGAGGGACAUCGAGUGCGUGGCGCGGUCGGUGCUCCCCAGGUUCUACGCCGGCGACGUCCACCCGGAGGGGUGGCGGGUGUUCAGCUCGUUCGGCAGGAGGUACAUCGUGACGGCGAGCCCCAGGGUGAUGGUGGAGCCGUUCGCGAGGGCGUUCCUCGGGGCCGACGGGGUCAUCGGAACGGAGCUGGAGGUCAGCGAGUCCGGCAAGGCCACGGGAUACGUCGCCAAGCCCGGCGUGCUCGUCCGCGAGCACAAGAGGAACGCGGUGGUGAGGGAGUUCGGCGACGCGCUGCCGGACGUCGGCAUGGGGGACAGGGAGAGCGACUUCGACUUCAUGGCCAUCUGCAAGGACGCAUACAUCGUGAGGACCUCGCGGAAGCACCGGCCGGUGCCCAAGAGCCAGCUGCUGAGCCCCGUCAUCCUCCACGACGGCCGCCUCGCCCGGCGCCCGACGGCGAUCAACACGCUGCUCGUCUUCCUCUGGAUGCCGCUCGGCUUCGCGCUCGCGAUUCUCCGCGUGUACGUCAACCUGCUCCUCCCGGAGCGCGUCGUCUUCUACGCCUACAAGCUCAUGGGCGUCAGGUUCGUGGUGCGCGGACACCCGCCACCGCCGCCCGUGAACGGCAGCCCCGGCGUGCUCUUCGUUUGCAACCACCGCACCGCGCUCGAUGCGGUCGCCGUCGCGGUCGCGCUGGGGCGCAAGGUGAGGUGCGGCACGUACAGCAUCGCUAGAAAGACGCACGGCGUCUCCAGGCUGUCGGAGCUCGCGACCUCGCCGUCGCCGGUCAAGACCGUCGAACUGUGCAGGGAGCGCGACAGGGACGCGGACCGCGUCCGGCGGCUGCUCGAGGAGGGCGUAGACCUCGUGGUCUUCCCCGAGGGCACCGCUUGCCGCGUCCCGUUGCUGCUGCGGUUCGGCGCGCACUUCGCGGAGCUCACCGACCGCAUCGUGCCGGUGGCCAUCGCCACCAAGGAGACCAUGUUCCACGGCUCCGCGGCGCGCGGGCCCGACCACAUGGAUCCCUACUUCUUCUUCAUGAACCCGCGGCCGACGUACGAGCUCACGUUCCUGAGCCAGCUGCCGAGGGAGCUCACCUGCGGCGGCGGCAAGUCGCCGGUCGAGGUGGCAAACUACGUGCAGAAGGUGCUCGCCGGGCAGCUGGGGUUUGAGUGCACCGGCAUCACGCGGAAGGAGAAGUACCAAAUGCUCGCCGGCACCGACGGCGGUGUGGAGUACAAGGAGGACUAGAACAUAUAGCAUACAGAGCCACGCCACUGUUGGUCAUCCUACGGUCAGGAAAGUUUGUUCAUGUUGUUUAUUGUUGGUGUAAAGUCACAUAACAAGCUUCAUGUUGUUUAUUAUUGGUGUCACGUCACAUAACAAGCUUCAUGUGCUUAUACAAGAUCUGAAGCUAACAAACGUAGUACUCAUGCUACCUGUUCUAUCGUCGUGUUACAGCCACGCUUCGAAAUGGA